AUGGUCGACGCGGACGCGGCGCGGUACCGCGACGAGCGCGGCGACGACGAACGCCGCGACGAGCCGCGGCGGCGGCUCGCCGGGCCGCGGGGGUCGUCGGCGGCGGACGAGAAGCGCAGCAUCCCCCACCAGCGCCAGCUCGCCAAACAACGGGAGGUCGCCGCGCACUGCCCGUCCGAAAAGGGCCCGGGCGUCGGCCGGGGCUGCCUCGCGUUUUUCGUGCACGUCGCCAAGUGCGGCGGCACGUCCUUCUCCGCGCGUCGUAUGGCCGAGGUCUUCGGCGAGGCGCGGCACGCGCCGCCCGGCGGUUCCGCGAAGCACGGCGUCGCGGCCCGCGGCGGCGCGCCGGUCGUCGACGGCGUCGCCUACGCGUGGCUCGAGGGCACGGCGGAGAAGCGGGGCCGCCCGCGCGUCGACGACCGCGUCGCCGCGGCGACCUUCGUCUCCGCGGAGCGCGACGCGACGUGGCGUCCGGGCGGGCGCCUCGCGACGUCGACGCUGCUGCUGCUCCGGCGGCCGACCUGCCGCGCGGAGAGCCACUUCUUCCACCACCGCGACCUGAAGAAGCGCAUCUCGAAGCGCUUCGCGACGCUCGACGACUUCCUGGGCGCGUGCUGCGGGGGCGGACCGAAACCGCCGGACUGCGCGGUCCCGUCCCGGCCCGCGGAGACCGUCGACUGCCGCCAGUUCCGCAACUUCCAGACCUUCAUGGUCCUCGGCCGCGGCCGCGCCGACGGCGAGUGGACGCAGACCGUGCCCAUGGACGCCGCGGCGCCGACCUGCGACGCCUCGGGAACGGAGGCCGGCGUCGCCGCGGCCGCGGCGGCCGCGGUCGACGCCCUCGACUUCGUGGGCCUCACGGAGCACCUCCACACGUCGCUCUGCCUCUUCUACUUCACCUACGACCUCACGGCGCCCUUCCACCGGGACUGCCGCGGCAGCUCGAAGGCGCCGGUCUACAACAGCCGCGCCGGCGCGCGCGCCGACGCGUGCCCGGGCCGCGGCACGCGCGUCGCCGAGGGCAACGAGCUCGACGCGCGGCUCUACGACCACGCCGCGGCCCUCUUCUGGGCCCGCGUCGCCGCCAUGGGCCGCGCGACGGGCUACGAGCACGCAGCGACGAUGCUCUCCCUGUCUCUCGCGGGCGCCGCAGCGCUGCGCCGCAAUGCGCGCAACUUCGGCCGGCGCACGGGCGCGCGCGCGCACCUGCCGAAGCUGCGGCUCAACAAGAAAAAAGCGAAGUCCGCGCCGCCGCCGCAGAACCCCCGGCCGCGGCGCCGCGAGGCGCUCCCGCCGCCCGACGAGCAGGAGGACCCGGCGGCGGCCCUGGCGCGGCUCGAGGCGCUCUUCGACGUCGACGACGACCACGACGUCGCCGAAGCGCCGCGCGGGCCCGCGUCGCUCCAGGAGAAGCUGGACGUCCUCGCGAGGCCGCCGUCCGCGCCGUCGCACGACGCGGCCGCGGACCGCCGCGACGCCUACGCGGCCGCGCGGCGGCUCUGGCGGUCCGCAAACACCGACACACAAACACCCGGCGCCUGGGCGGCGCUCGCGCUCGUCGCCGCGCGGGCCCGCGAGGCCGACGACGCCGUCGCGAUCGUCGACGCCAUGGCCGCGGCGCACCCCGGCGCGUUCGAGGCCGCGAGCGACGACGCGGCGAACGCGCUGACGGCCGUCGUGCGGGGCUACUCCCUGGAGAAGCGCAGCGCCGCGGCCUGGGCGUCCUUCGACGCCGCCGUCGCCGCGGGCUACUACGACCCGUCUCCCCCCGCGGAGGCCUUCGACGCCGUUCUGCACUGUUGCGCGCACCAGCAGCUCCCCGAGCGCGCGCUCAACGUCGUCGACGACAUGCGGCGGAACGGCGUGCCGCGCACGGGCGCGACCUACGCGGCGCUCAUGAAGGCCGUUGCCACGGCCCCCCAGUGGCACCGCGCGUACCGCCUCGCGACGGACGACGUGUUGGACGCGAUGGAGGGCGACCGCGUCGCGCCGACGCCGGCGCUCUACGUGCACCUCAUCGGCGCCUGCGGCCGCGUCGGCGACGCGGCGGCGGCGGGGUGCUACUUCGACGAGAUGCGCGACGCGCACGGCUUCUCCCGGGGCGCAUCGGCGUACGCGGCGUACUUUGGGGCGUUGGCGAACGCGAUGACCGUGGGCACGAAGCGGGGCGUCAAGGCGCGGGCGCCCCACGUCGACCCCUGGCGCGGCCUGGGCAUUUCGGAUGAAGAGGCGACGAGCGUCCAGGAGGCGGACCCCGCGGCGUUCGCCGCGGCCGACGAUCUGGGCGCGGGCUUUCACCGGAAGCGCGACGAGCCCGCCGGGGCCGUGGUCACCGUCGCCGAGGAGGAUGAGGAGGAGGACGACCGCGCGGGCGUCGAGGCGACGCUGGCGGCGCUGGAGGGCGACGUCGACGACGCGACGCUCGCGGCGCUGCGCGCGGCGAGCGUCGACGACGACGACGACGAGGAGCUCUCGCGGGAGGACCUCGACGCGUUCCUCGCGGGCCUCGCGGACGAGGACCUCUCCGACGACGACAAGGAGCUCCUCGCGGCGAGCCUGGGCGGCGCCGAGGCGGACCUCGACGCGCUCCUCGCGCCCGAAGACGAGCUCACGGAGGCGGACCUGUUCGCGCUGCUCGAGGGGCCCGGCGACGCGACGGCGGCCGAGGCGGCGGUGAUGCCGCCCGCGAUGGCGGCGUCGUCCUCUCCCGAGACCGCCGUGGCCUUCGCGCCGAAGCCGCCGACGCCCGCGGCGGCGCGCGACCGGGGCCUCGUGACGCGAUUGCGCGAGAUGGACCUCGAGGACCUGAGCGUCAAGGUCACGGCGCCCGAGCUCCACGCGCGGCGCGAGCGCAUCAUCGCCGACGCUGAAAAAACCUUCGCCGCCAUGGACGCGGAGCCGGACGCGGCGGCGCUCAACGCGUACCUGUCGAUUUUCACGCGCGGCGAGCGCCGCGCGCGCGCGCGGCGCGUCGCCGCGGCGCUCGGCGAGGCCUACGGCGACCGCUUCCCCGACGCGCGGUCCGAGCGGGUCGUCAUGGCCAUGCUCGCGGCGCGCGGCGACCUCGGCGCGUGCCGGGAAGCGCUGGACAACGCGUCGCCGGCGGCGCGCGGGGACGUCGAGCUCCUGGGGUCGGCGCUCGACGCGUUUUCUCGAAAAGGCGAUCUCGACGGCGCCUACGGUCUGGCCGUGGAGCUGGCGGCGGCCCACGCGGCGCGCGGCGCGCGCGGGGUCGGCGCGUCGGACGCGGUUCCGGUCGUUCCUUCGGUGCUCCGCGAGGCCUUCGACCUCGUCGACUUCGCGCCCGCGCGGAAGCGGCGCGGGCCGCCGGAGCGGUUCCUGCGCAACUUCCGCCGGCUCUGCCGCCAGCGGCGCGUGGACCAGCCGCCCGAGCUGCCGCCGGACCCGGUCCUCUGGCGCCAGGAGGGGUCGACCUUCCGCCGAUCGCGGCGGGGCCAGCGCGACGUGCCCCAGAAGCGCAACCUGCUGCGGGCCGGCCGGCGCUAA